UUCAUUGCCACCUUGGGAAUGUCUAAAAAAUCUUCUGAAAUCUUAAUAAAAACGCAAUCAAGCCACUGCUUUUUUGAGGUUUUUACUGAAGUGUUUCUACAGACUACAGUGCAUGCAACAAGAGCAGGAAGUGAGUCGUGUGGGAUGGGGGCAAGACAAUUGGUAGAAAAUGGGCACGAACACGCCCGUCCUGUAACUACAAUAAAGUGAACGGAUGCCAACAUCACAAGAACCAACCGCACACAGGGAUUCUACAGCAUUAUAUUUCAUACGGUGCCUGGAUGCUCAUCAUCAAUGACAUAUUUCCAAUGGAAUGGAACAGAAUGUAUUCUCAGCUAAUUUUUUAAAUGUUGCCCAUUUGAUAAUAAUCAGGACAAGGACCUCACCUUUACUGAAAGGUGUGUCCCUCACACUCAUACAAACUGGCUCUUAUUGACAUUUCUCAUCAUUAUACUGUACCAUUAUGGCUAUGCAAGAGUCAGGCCGGACCAAAGGCUUUUCGUGUAGACAUUGUGGUGUAGUAUUUGCAAGUAUGCCCAGCCUUUUGGAGCAUACAGACACUUAUCAUCAAUCAGAGGAGGAAAGGAAGUUCAAAUGUGAGGAAUGUGGACGGGGCUACAGGCAUGCUGGCAGUUUGGCAAACCACAGGAAAACGCAUGAGGUUGGCUCAUUUCAGUGUCAUAUAUGCUCCAGGAAGCUCUUCAACGCAUUGGCUCUCAAAAGCCACCUGCGUAUCCACACAUCUAGAAAGAAAUAUUCUUGCACAGAAUGCGGAAAGGCUUUUCGUUUGGCAACCCAGUUGGCCACCCAUCAAAAGGUCCAUCGCAAUAAAGAGUCUCAAGGGAAGAUAAGGACGAGUGAUUCUGCACGAAGUCAUAUCGAAAGUGGUUAUGAAGAUGAUGAUUUGCCACAUCUAGAUGAGGUAGAUUUUGAAAUCAUGCCAGAUCUGCAGCCAGACAUCGCUCCUAUGAGCAGCCUCAGUAAUGGUGCAGUGUCAGAACAUGUUCCAAGAUCCACCCUGGAUAGUGACAUGGCAGCUGAUGAUGAUGCUGGAGACAGGCCGUUUAAAUGCAACUUGUGUGACAAGACAUACAGACAUCACGGCAGCCUGAUAAAUCAUAAAAAAACUCACCAAAUGGGAGUAUUUGAGUGUCCGAUCUGUUUCAGACAGUUCAACAACCUUGCUGCCCUUAAUAGCCACCAGCGAAUCCACAGUAAAACACGAGGGCGUCCCAUUGUGCAGACCUCUUCCCUCACAGACUGUAAGCCAGAGCUAACUUCGCCACAGAAUGGGGAUGCUAACGUACAUUUUUGUCACCUUUGUCAGGUUGUAUUUCCAAAUGAUGAUGAGUUUCAAAAUCACAUUCUGUUGCACAACUCCUCUUCCGUGUCAUUUGAGCUCCCUACUAGCCUGUCAGAGGAGCCAAACUUCUCUUACAAUGAAAGUGUUACUCGUUCCCCAGAGUCUAAUCCCUAUCCCCCCUCCAGUGACACUCCACCAUUGCCUCCAUUACUGGACAAAACUGUUGAUUAUGACCAGUCAGAGGGGCCAAUUGAAAAUGGUCAUAUAUAUGUACCUGACACUUUAGAUAAUUCAACUAUUCAUGCUCAGGGGCAGCCAAUGGCCCUACCAUCUGAGAACCUCAAUUCUGAUCAGUCAUUACAGACUAUUAGUUACGUCAAAUUAGAAGAUGCUGAAAGUUCAGAUCGCCGCUUCAAGUGCCACAUCUGUGGGAAAAGCUACAGGCAUGCAGGUAGUCUCAUAAAUCACAAACGCUCCCAUCAAACAGGGAUCUUUCAGUGUUCCAUCUGCCGCAAGAACUAUCCAAAUUUGGCAGCUCUGAGGAGCCACCUUCGGAUCCAUAAGGGAAGGCCCCCGUCCUUGCCAGUUAGUGCUGAGGGUGACUGGCUUUCCUCUGAGCCCUUGACGCAUGAGAGCCAGCAGGGCUGUUUGCCGUCACGUGAGGGAGACGUAAGUGGAAUGUUAGACGUUCCUCAGGAUAUGGUAGACUCUGUCCAACAUAAAUCUAAUGAGGAGCAAUUAAGCGAGGCGAAUGCUACUGACUUUCAUGAGCAGUUUGUCAAUUCCUUUCAAGAGGAAAGACCAGUGCAUCUACCUCAAGACGAACCCAUUAUUGAGAGGCACAUGUGUGCAGACUGUGGUAAGACAUUUACUGAUAUUGCAGGAAUCAAGUCACACAUGUGUCCUGUUCUGAAUCAGCAGUAUCAGACCAUGAUGAAUGGCUCAUCCGGUCACGUGGACUUUCACAACACAAAGCAUCAGCAUUUCUUAGGUGAGUCAGGGGAGCAUAUUGGUUUCGAGGAACAUGAUGGCAGUGCUGCUGAGGACUACUUUAGUGAGCAGACCUUUAAUGACAACGUACAUGGUCAGAUGAGUGACAGUGAUGAUAAGGCUCAGUGUGAAGAUGGUGAUGAAGAGGAUGAUGGUGAGAUGUAUCAGUGUUCAGUAUGUGGGAAUCAUUACUGUAGCAUGCGUGCACUGCGAAGCCAUCUCCGAGGUCACACUCAAACGCAUGCCGCACCAUCAGCAUCUGGCCCUUCAUCCUCGUCCUCUCUUGAGGUCAAGAGAGAUGAACCUAGUGAAAAUCAGCAGGGUGAAUGCAGUCUGAUUAUCUGCAGCACUUGUGGAGAGAGCUUCGCAAAGAAACAGGAUCUGCAAGCCCACCAGCUCUUGCAUAGCAAUACAGAAGUUAAUCCUCCUGAACAAUAUGGAAGAGACAACCAGAAUGAGCUCAAACCAAAAGUGGAAGUCGAGAGUAUUAUUUGUGGGAAAUGUGGCAUAAGCUGCAUUGAUCUUUACCACCUGAAUAACCACAACUGCACAGGACAAAGAGAUGGACAGGUGGAGGAGAAAUGUGAGGAGAAACCAGAUCUUGGAUGUAAAUUUCAACAAGAACUUGGACUUUUGCAGGAGAGUCCACAUAAUGGAGAGCGGCAGUACAGGUGCGACCAGUGUGGUCGUGCAUACAGACAUGCUGGAUCUUUGCUCAAUCAUAAGAAGUCUCACAAAACCGGGGUGUUUCGCUGCUUUGUCUGCCAAAAGCGGUUUUAUAAUUUGCUGGCUCUCAAGAAUCACCAGAGGACACACUUUGAUGUUAAAAAGCACACUUGCACAGAAUGUGGGAAAGCAUUCAAAAUCCAUAAACAACUGUUGAACCACCAGAGGGUACAUCAGGAAAACAAGGCUAAGAUUGAAGAGCUCAACAAACAAAUUCAGACACUCAUGCAAAUGAGUGGGAAUGCCUCAGGGAUUGGAAUGCUGGCACUUAAUUCUAGCAGAAAGAGAAUCGGCAGGCGCCGUAAACACCAGCAGGCUUCUAGUAGUGAUCAGUCCAGCCAAGAAAAGGAGGGCCCAAUGGUAGAUCCCAGUGACCCUCGCCCAUUUGUCUGCGAUCAGUGUGGAAGAAGCUAUCGGCAUGCGGGAAGCUUGGUCAACCACAAAAACUCGCACAAGACCGGUGAAUAUUACUGUGCUUUGUGCAACAACACUUAUUCCAACCAGUUAGCAAUGAAGAACCAUUUACGGAUACACUUUGCGAUCAAAAGACACCGCUGCCAAGACUGCGGGAGGGCAUUCAGGGGAAACAAACAGUUACUCAACCACACCUGUUCAAACAAAAGAAAUGCAGCAGCAAGAGGAAAGUUUAGGGGUCGCAAACAAGAAAAGGAUUUAAUGUGCAAACAUUGCCGCCUAGCAUUUCCAGAUUAUGAACUACUUGCAGGACACACCUGUAGCAAAGGGACUGGCCCUGAUCCUGAACCCCCAGGGAAUGCAGGUCCUGAAAAUGAUAGUGCACCCCUAGAAAAAGAGGAACGGCCAUUCAAGUGUAACAUUUGCAGUCGCAGUUACCGUCAUGCAGGUAGCUUGUUAAACCACAAGAAUACUCACAAAACAGGCCAUUUCACCUGUUCCUUCUGUGCCAAGCCUUUUUCCAAUCCCAUGGCUCUACGAAACCACACUCGCAUUCACACACAGAAGAAAAAGUAUGUCUGCCCCACUUGUGGUAAAGCUUUCCGUCUCUCUAGUAUCCUUUAUAACCAUCAAAAAAUCCAUGCACGGGGAGUCACUCGUUACAGCUGUCAAACAUGUGGCAAAAGCUUCCAGGGAAGGUCUGGACUAAAGAGACAUCGCUGUUACCAAAACGGCAAUCCAAAUUCAGCUGUCAGUCCAGAUGGUGUGGACAAAUGCUACACGUGUGAUCAGUGUGGGCGCUCCUAUAGACAUGCUGGUUCCCUCCUCAACCACAAGAAGUCUCAUUCUGCUAACCUCCUGCACUGCACUCUCUGCCUUAAAACAUUCACCGGCCCUCUAGAAUUAGAGAGCCACUCUCAAAUGGCUCGCCACUGCUGCCCAGAUUGCGGGAAAACCUUCUGUGAGUUCACACACCUGCAGAGUCACAUGGAGGGGCACAGUAAGGGACUCCCCUACUACUGCAACUUGUGUCAGCAGAACUUCCCAAACCUGGCUAGUUUUCAGCAGCACCAGGAACUCCAUGGCAGCUUGCAGGGCCAGUCGCACCAUCAGCAGAUGCAGAUGCAGCAGGGUUUAGGCUGGGACUCAGCAUUGGACCAGCAGAUAGGAAUUCAGAGCCUUCCAAAGAUUGAUUCAGCCUUCAGUCGAGUACAUGAACCGCAAGACCAGCAAGAAAACAGCGAGGAAUACGGUAGGGAGGAGAAGAGUCACGUCUGUGAGCACUGUGGGCGCACUUACCGGCACGCUGGUUCACUACUCAACCACAAGAACAGCCACAAGACCGGCUCCUUCUUCUGCUCGGUCUGCCAGAAAGAGUUCACCAAUUUAAUGGCGCUGAAGAAUCACCGGCGUAUUCACACAGAGCCCAAACGCUAUCAGUGCCUGGAGUGUGGCAAGGCCUUCCGGGUCUCCACCCAGCUUAUCUGCCACAGGCGCAUCCACACCAAAGAGAAGCCUUUCUCAUGCCUCCUCUGCAACAAGCGAUUCUCUAGCAAGUCCAACCUUCGGCACCAUCAAAAAAUGCAUCAGAACACCCAACAGACUUGCGAGUCUAACUUUAACAUAGAUGCUAAUGCAUUCAUGGGACUGGGUGUGGACCCUUUCCUCUGAGGCUUCAUCAAUGCUCCAAGGGAAGAUUUCAAAAUCAUAUUCUAUUACAAGACUUUUCCUCCACCCGAGGCUCAAUGCCAAUAAUGGUAAAACGUCAGGUUUUCUGCUGUAUAUGUCAAGAUAGUCGUGUGCAGAUGCUGAUCUUGGCAAGACUUGCCUCCUGUACCGUUGCGUUUUCAAAUAUUGUUCUGGUGAUUGUCAUAUUUGGGGGUCCUUGGCAUCAAAAAGUUUGAAAACCCCUGCUCUAAAGGAUGCUUAAGACUUAAAGGGGUAGUUCACCCAAAAAUACUUGCACUCAUGCCAUCCCGGAUGUGUAUGACUUUCUUUCUUCUGCAGAACACAAAUGAAGAUUUUUAGAAGAAAAUCUCAGCUCUGUUGGUCCAUAAAAUGCAAGUGAAUGGUGACCAGAACUUUGAAUCUCCAAAAAUCACAAAGUCAGCAAUAAAAUAAUUCAUAUGACCAGUAGGUGGCGAUAUGCAUGAAGAAUGCUAAUGGCCAAAAAACAAAAGAAGAGGAAUGUGAAAGUGGACAUUUACAGGGAAAAAGGACUUAAAUAUUGAUUUGUUUCUCACCCACACCUAUAUUAUGGCUUCAGAAGAUAUGGUUUUAACCACUGCAGUCUUAUGGAUUACUUUUAUGCUGACUUUCUGGUCACCAUUCAUUUGCAUUGUAUAGGCCUACAGAGAUGAGAUAUUCUUCUAAAGAUCUUUAUUUGUGUUCCGCAGAUGGAAGAAAGUCAUACACAUCUGGGAUGGCAUGAGGGUGAGUAAAUGAUGAGAGAAUUUUCAUUUUUGAGUGAACUACACCUUUAAGGCAUUGAUAAGAUACUACCUCUGGUAGGGACAGUAAUACUGUAGAAAUUUUAGAAUAAGUGACGGUGCCUGUCAAGAGACCAUUUUAGAGUUUUUUGUGUCUCCUUUUUAGAGAUUUGUUUUGUGUCCCCACACAGUGUAUAAAACCAUCAAAGUUGCAUGGUACUAUGAUAGGUCUCAGACUGAGAGCUUGGAUGAGUAUUUUUAUCCAGACUCUUACCCAGCGCUGCCUUCAAGAUUAGAGUCCGACCGAUAAAUUGGUUGAUCUCAAACACAAGUUGGCAAGGUAAAAAUGCUUUAUGAGGAUAAGAAGGAUAUGUACUAUCCUUCUCAUUACAAUUGUGUUGAGUGCUUCCAUAUAUUUUCAGGUAAUUGUACUGCUCAUGGUAGAUGUGUCCUGAAAUCACUUCAUCAUAGUCUCAUUAAGACCAACCUACACAUGAUGUUCCCGUAGUUUCAUCAUGGAUGACACUGGUAAGGCUGUUAAACAGCACGUGGACAGCCUUUCAUUGAGGCCUGUCCUGUAGAAAAUAAUCAAAGAUAUUUAUUUUAAAAUAACUAUUUAUACCUUACAUUAAUAUUUGAAAAUUAAGCAUAUUUCUUGUCUUUUGUGGUACACAAUAUGCAUGGUAUUAAAUGUGUAAUAAAUACUAGAUUUGGUUGAUUACUUCGGUAUUCUAGAUAACGGUUAUGAACAGUUAAGAAAUACCUCUAUAAAAGCAUUCACAUCAGUGUAUUUUAAAGAACAAUACUGCAUACUUUAUAGUAAGUGUAUUACGUAGUGGGAAUAUUUUCAUCAAGACAUGAUUUCACAGCACAAAAAUGAAUGGACCCAAAAAUCCAUAAUCGGUCGGGCUCUAUUAGGGCAAGGAUUCACAGACUAAACACUUUUCAAUAGUUUUUAAAAAUGCUCAGGUCUCACAACUUAUUAAACACAAUGUAAGAUACAACACAUUUAGCUUGAUGCCUUGAGCGUUAAGUCGUCUUUGUCUUUGAUGCCAGAUUGAAUUUAAAUGUGCAUUUCAUAUCAUUGCUCUACAUAGAUUAAAAUUAUUGGUAGGAUAGUUUCAAUUUAAGCCUAUAGAUUAGUGCUUAUGGAUUAUUUAAAUUAGGAGUUGCAAACCUUCAUGUAUUAAUUGCUUAUUUGCAUUUGACAGAAACCGUACAACUGACAUCGGAAUCUCUUGUUGAGACUCCCUGAAUCAGUUGCAUAUAUCUUACAGAAUAUUUAUUUUUUCCUCAUGAUACUUUUUUUUUUUUUCUCAAGUAGGGACCUUGAUAAGCAGAUGCUGUUUAUUUGUAGGUGUUGAUGCCUUUCUUGAGCAAAAUAAACAGUAUAACUUUA